AUGUCCUCCGGAGGGAAGCCGCCAAUUUAUCCACUCGUCAAAAAAUUUCCCACCAACUUCGAGCGCCGGGUUUAUAGAACAUAUGUGAGUUUUUUUCGGUCAGAGUUCUAUUCAGAAAAAAAAACGAAUUAUUUCAGAACUGGUUUGAUAAUUUACUCUGGCCUGUCAGACCUCUUCCAUUUGCUGGAGCUAUUGCAAUUGCAGCUGGAAUACAAUAUAGAAAUCCGGACCAAUAUAUUUUCCAAUAUUUACCAGAAAUCGGCAAUAAAGUUGUCGAGGUAAAUUUUUUUUUGAAGUCACUAAUCUAUGAAUAUAAAUUGAUUUAUUUCCAGCACAUUGCCAAAGUUUCAAUCGUCUCAUUUUUCACAUAUAUUCCUGUUUUCAUUUUGCGCAAACUUCUCAAAUGGUUCUACUUCUCUUACAAAGGAUUUUUGUUCGAGAAUCCAAAAAAACCAUCUUUGACGACAAAAAUUUGGGGUGUAAGUUAUUUUUUGAUUUGUUAUUUUCUGAUAAGAAGUUUGGAAUGCAUCUUUGCACUUUAUACUGAAUUAUUUUGUAGUUUAGCGCAGAAAUUAAUUAAAAUUAAACUAUGCAAUAAAUUGUUUCAGACUGUCCGUUAUUUGUUGUCAUUUUCAAAACCAAUUCUCGAAUCAUGCGAUGCUCUUCUUCCAAAUAUGCCAGUUCCAUCUUUGGAUCAUUCAAUUACUGAAUAUCUUUCAUCAAUGAAGCAUAUUUUGACUGAUGAGGAAUUUAAAAUUGUCUGGGAACAAGCUGAAAAUUUCAAGAAAAACGAAGGAAAAAGAUUGCAAAGAUACGCAGUCGCAUAUUCACUUUUUGCUGAUAAUUAUGUGACACCAUUUUGGGAAAAAUAUGCUUAUCUUUAUGGUCGUUAUCCUCUUUUAAUUAAUAGCAGUGUUGCACAUUGUGAUUUAUUCAAAAAUUGUGAUGCAACGCGAGCACAUCGAGCUGCACGAGUUAUUUAUGUUGAAGUUAUGUCACAUCUUGCUUGUGAUAGACAACAAUAUAAACCAUUAGGAGAUGGUGUUGUUUGUACUCGACAUUAUCAAAAAAUGUAUGCUGGAACACGUGUACCUGGUGAAACUGUUGAUACUUUGGUUAAUUAUGGAAUAUCAAAACAUAUUGUUGUUCAACUUCGUGGAAAAUUAUAUAAAUUAUCUGUUUGUGAUGAGAAAAACAAUAUGUUCAAUAUUGAACAACUAACAAAAAUAUUCACUGAAUUAUUGGAAAGAAAUAAUUGGGAAAAUGGAAUGAUUGGAAAAGUUGCUGCAUUGACACAUGAUCGACGAGAUGGCUGGCAGAAAAAUAGAGAAAGAUUUUUCUUAAAGAAUGCUGAAAAUUCAAAAAUUUUGAAUGAAAUUGAAUCCGCUAUUGUAUUUUUAUCAUUGGAUGAAACCGAAUAUUUCAACGAUUGGGUUAGUUUUAAGAAUAAUUCUAAGUUCAAAAAUAUUAUGAUUUUGCAUUUUUAUAGGAAAAACCUGAAACAAUGGGACAUUUCUUGACAAAUAUGUUGGCCGGUGAUGGAACAAAUCGAUGGGUCGACAAAUCACUCAAUUAUACUGUUUCCAAAAAUUCACGAGUAUGUUAUCUACAUUUUUGUUAUGGUAAAACUCUAAAAGUUUCAGAAUGAAACUAAUUCGGUUUAUACCGACAAUUCUACAUCUAAAAUUUUUAUUAAAAUUUUUAUUUCAGGCUGGUGGUACUACUGAACAUUCAAUUGCUGAUGGAGCUGAGUUUGAUCAUAUUUUCGAAAAUUAUGUAUAUACGGAUUAUGAUGUAAUUGGUUAUCCAACUAUUGAAGAACAGAAAAAGAUGGAAAUCAUUAGUGAUUCUGAUAGAAAAUCUCUCAAAUUUGCUGAUGAAUUGAAAAUAAAAAUAGCCGAUGAAGAAAUGUUGGCUGAAAUUGAAAGAUGUUACAAUUUACAUCAAGAAGCUAAAAAUGAUGUAGAUAUGUAUCCAGUUUUAUUCCGUGAUUUUGGAAAAGGAAGAAUAAAGAAGUGUGGAGUUAGUCCGGAUGGUUUUGUUCAAAUGGCAAUUCAAUUAGCCGCGUACUUGGAUCAAGGAAAAUUUGUGUUGACUUAUGAACCAGCUUCGAGUCGAUUUUAUGCGAAUUCGAGAACUGAAACUUUGAGAACUGUUAAUGAUCAUUCUUGUGAAUUUGUUAUUGCAAUGGUUAAUGAAAACGAAUCCGUAUGUUUUUUUUGAAAAAAUCAACGACAUUACAUUUUCAAAUAACUUUCCAGAAAGAGAAGAAAAUCGAACUUCUCCGCCGUGCCUGUGAAACUCAUGUUCAACGAAAUAAGGUAACCAAAUAUUUUUACUUUCAAAAAUGUAUAAAAUCAAAUUUUGAAGGCUUGCAUGGUUGGAAAAGGAAUUGAUCGACACUUAUUUGUUCUUUAUGUUUUAUCGAAAGCUAUUGGAAUUUCAAGUCCAUUCCUUGACACGUAUGGAAGCCAGAAAUGGAUACUUUCCACCUCACAUGUUAGUUUUCAUUGAAUAUUCAAAAAAAUUUCAGUGAAUCAGAGUGAUUUUAGGUUCCAAACGUGACUGGUCAAAACGAUGAGGAUACAGACAAAAAUAUGACUUGGCUUGGAGCAUGUUUUGGAGCUGUUGCAGCUGAUGGAUAUGGUGAGUGAUUUUUUGAUUUCUGAUCUAAUACAAAAAUUGAGCUCUUUUAAGUUUGAUCGGUUUAAAAAUGUCUUGUUAAACAGUACCUAAAACGUUGCCUAUUUGAUAUGCAUUGAUCAAAUAAUUUUAUCACAAACAAUUUUUAUGAUAAGAAAAUGUGCGCAACACAAAGAAAAACGAUGACAAAUCGAAACAAAAAUCAGAAAUCCUUUUUUUCGAUCAUUGUGGAGUUAUGAGAAAUCAGGAGAAAAAUGCUUUUGAAUCAGAUUUUAAUCGGGUGUGAGUACAAUAUCAAUGCAAAUUUCGACAAAAUUUGAAAACAAAUUAAGAAACUCAUUUCUUGGUUAAUUCAAAAUUAAAACAAAAUCCUGAAAUUUUUCUGGCAUUCAUUAUCUAAAAAAUUCUAUUAUUUCUAUUGGAAGUUUCAUAAAAUUGUUAUGUGAAACUAAAAUUAUUUGAAAAAAUAGGUUUUAGACCGUUUGGAUUAUCGAACCAAACUCAAAUCAAAUAAGAAUUUUCCAACAAAAAUUACCAAAAUGAAUUUUUUGCAGGUGUUUGUUAUCGUUUUGGUGGAAAUCAUUCAAUCCUUGCCAAUAUUUCAAGUUAUCAUUCAUCUGACAAAACCGAUUCGACCCGUUUUGCAAAUCGUCUCAAAGAAGCAUUCCACUCACUUUCUGCACUUUUUGACUAA